AUGUCCGUUGUAGAUUUCUCUAGCGUAGAUAUGUCCGCUCCCUUACUUACAGAUUUCUCCAGUGGCAAAACAGGCGUGUUCUGGGACGUGAAUGAUUUCCCAGUCCCGGAGGGUCGCGGGAUACGUGACAAAUAUUGGAGAAUGAACGAUAUGCUAUUGGAUAUUGCUCUGUGGGCGGUGAACAACCCCUUUCCUCCUUAUCGCAACCCGGCAAACGUGAUGGUCCUUGCCAUAAACCGCAAGGAGAAAACCGAUUUCGUCGGUUUCCUUGGAAACUUGAGCAAUAGAGUUUUUAAUGUCUUAUUAGUAGUGCCGGAGGAUGUUGAACCAGAACAAGUCAACAUUCCAGCUGUUUACGUGGCAUGGUAUUGGAAGAGCAUACAAGGAGAUGGAGAGCCUAUGCCCGGAACCCAUUUUCGAUCCCUUUUAGAUCGACAACGAGCUUAUAUACUCAGUCUUGGUGAAGAUGAUGAUGACUAA